GCCAUCAGCCAGGGCCCCACCAGACACACAGGGCAUUGUCCUUUGGUCAACAGCCCUGGGCACCUCAGGCCCUGGCUCCUGGCCUACCCCCACACCCCUCACCGCCUGCCACUGUACUAAGGCCCAGCCAGCUGGGGGCCCAAGGCUCCCAGCUGACAGUGAGCCCACCCACCCACACCCCCCCAGCAGCCCCCUGUGGAGAUAUAAUUGCCUCGGUCCACCCUGUUGCUGCUGCCAUUCUCUCAGGCAUCUGGGGUUCCCGGCGGGGUGGCAGCUGCAGGGCCUGCUGCCUGCCUUGGUGGGAUGGACUGGCCACACAGCCUGCUGCUCCUUCUUGCCAUCUCUAUCUUCCUGGGGCCAAGUCAGCCCCGGAACACCAAGGGCAAAAGGAAAGGGCAAGGAAGGCCUGGCCCCUUGGCCCCUGGGCCUCACCAGGUGCCACUGGACCUGGUAUCGCGAGGAAAGCCCUACGCUCGAAUGGAAGAGUAUGAGAGGAACCUUGGAGAGAUGGUGGCCCAGCUGAGGAACAGCUCCGAGCCAGCCAAGAGGAAAUGCGAGGUCAACCUGCAGCUGUGGCUGUCCAACAAGAGAAGCCUGUCUCCUUGGGGAUACAGGUAG